AUGUGUAGGCUAACUGUACUAACCUUCCUUGCGGUGGCAGUUUUAAUACCUUUCUCGGAGGCCAACCGCUGUAUCGGUAGGCCAGACGGUGCAUUCAUCGCCGAUUUCACGGAUUGUUCUGCAUUUUUCACGUGCAUACGACAAACACCAGUGCCUGGACGCUGUCCAGAGGUCCACUUCAACGAUCAAGGUCAGCUUUGCGAUAAUCCGUGGAAUGUGAUCUGCCUGCUUUGCGUUGGUGGGGAAACCGAGGAUGUGGAAGCAUCCAACGCCGUAACGGAGUUUUUCCCGAUCGAGAAUGAAUGUCGCAAAUAUACGCUUUGUGUCAACAGGGUCGGAUUCCUGAGAGAGUGUUCGGUGGGGCUAAUGUUCGAUGCUGCAGCACAACGAUGUGAUCUAGAGGCAAAUGUGGACUGUGAAGAAAGUGUUUGCCCGAAUAGUGUUAAUCCGAGUGUUGCCUCUAUGGUGCCAGAUCCUAGGGACUGCUCCCAAUACUACAUUUGCUUCAACAGAGUGGCGAAUGGACCACAUUCGUGCAACCCUGGGCUACUAUUCGAUCCAGUGAACAGGCGAUGUGAUUUAGAAGCCAAUGUGGAAUGUGAGGUUAUCACAGAAAGCCCGCCUCUCACGGACUGCCCGGCGUCCGGAUUGCACUACAUACCCGUGGCAGGGGAUUGCUAUAGCUUUUCUAUUUGCCUCGACGGUGGCAUCAUUGGCGAAGAAACGUGCGCUGACGGUCUUAUCUUCGAUAUCAACCAACAGAACUGCCGACCACGGGCUGAUGAAGGUGCUCAGUGUAUCACCGAUCCGCCGUCUGAAGCAGCAUUCUUUUUGAAUUAUAAGUGAGGACGUCUCGGUGACGAAACGCAAGUGAAUCGAAUACAAUUGUACCAAAAUCGCUUUUUUUUACUGUGAAGAGUAGUCAGUUUAAUUUAAUUAUAUAUACUAACUAUGAUAGAUUAUUAAAAACA